AUGACAUGGUUGGUCAUAACACUCUGCUUCCUGGGAUAUUUUGCAGCCCACAUGGCGGAUAUUUCUGUCCAAAACCAAAACAUCAUGGAUUACGAGUUACUUCGUCUUCUGAUAAAACUGCGCCAGGAGGAGUUUUACGAUACACUGCUGGUCUAUGGAGAGGAUUGUGAAUUUCAUUCGCUAAUCAGAAGUUUAGAUGUUGCCGUAGUGCUGGUGACGGAUAGCAUGAAUUUUGAUUGGAAUUUUAGCAGACUUACCCUGAUACUCAGUUGUGGACCAGACUUAGAAAAAGGAGGACCAAAUGGUACUACUUUUAAGCUGCAGCGAAACAGGCGACUAGUUUUAUUAAACGGAGAUAUUCAACCAAGUAAUAUGUGUAAUAUAUACACACAAAAGGAUAUAUAUAACAUAGCCUUUGUGAAAGAAAACUUCGCCAAGUCAAAUGUCAUAUACUCCUGUCGCUAUUUUCAAGAUCCCAACAUAGAAGAUGUACAUUUAUUAGAGGCGAGGCCUAUCUUUACAGAACAAUUUCAAAAUAUGAUGGGAAAUGCAAUCAGAAUUGUGCCAGAUCUGUUGCCACCUCGAGCCAUGCUGUACCAGGAUGCAAGUGACGGCGAAACAAAGAUGAUUGGCUAUGUGGCAAACUUAAUCACUAACUUUGCACAGAAAGUGAAUGCCACCUUGCAGUUACACAUUCUGGAAACCUCAACGAGCAUCACAGAGAUAUCACGAAUGGCUAAGGACGAUGAGCUUGAUAUGGGCGUUACUUUAGAGGCCUCAUUAUAUUCACCGAAUCUCGAGACGGCGAGCUAUCCUUACCUCUUGACAUCGUACUGUCUUAUGGUUCAGGUUCCAGCAAAGUUGCCGUACAAUUUAGUCUAUGCCAUAAUUGUGGAUCCGCUCGUCCUGGGAAUAAUCUUUCUGUUGUUCUGCCUGCUCUCUGUCCUGCUAGUAUAUAGCCAGAAAAUGUCAUGGCAGGACCUGAGCCUGGCCAACAUUGUACUUAAUGAUAAGAGCCUACGAGGUCUCCUGGGCCAAUCCUUUCCGUUUCCGUUGAAUGCUAGCAAAAAGCUGAGGCUGAUAUUUACCAUUUUAUGCUUUGCCAGCAUACUGCUUAAUACGAUGUACGAAGCCUAUCUGCAAUCCUUUUUCACGAACCCACCAUCUGAGCCGCACAUUCGCUCCUUCAAGGACAUUGGUAAGCUUCGUCAUAAGACAGCUAUCACCGCAAUUGAGGCAAACGUGCUGAUUAGCACUAACAACACACAAUUCCUCGAAAUUCCUAAGAAGCACCUAUGUAUCUAUGAGAGCUGGCGCGAAUCGCUUGCACUGCGGGAUGCCUUCAACCUCAGCUAUAACUACUUCGUCACCGAGGACCGUUGGAGCUCCUAUGCGGAGCAGCAGAAGCUCUUUAAGGAGACACUGUUCUACUACUCGAAUGAUCUCUGCUUCUCGCGCAUGAUCUUCUUUUCCAUUCCGCUGCGCAGACACCUGCCAUAUCGUCAUCUCUUUGAUGAGCACAUGAUGCGACAGCAGGAGUUCGGCUUAGUCAAUUACUGGAAGGGCCACAGCUUCUUCGACAUGGUUAGACUUGGGCUAACGACUCUCGAGGACCUCAGUCAGCCGAAGUCGUUCAAUCCAAGCCUUCUAAUGGAGGACAUCUCUUGGAUAAUGAAACUCUAUCUCGUCGCCAUUUCGCUAAGUGUUUUCUGCUUUCUGUCGGAAGUAGGAUGGGAAAAGUGGAAGCGCUGGCGAGAUACGAGAAAUUAAUCAAACCAUACUAUACUUCUAAAAGAGCACACGCAAACCGCACUUGUUUUGAACAGCCUAGAAUACUAAUACAAUGUAAAAAAC